UGGAAGAUGGCAAUUUCUCUUAUCAAGAUGUUCCUUUUUUGAUUCACCAAACACCAAUCUUUUCAAAAGAUCCAUACGAAUAAAAGAAAACUUGAAAAAGCGGCCUCCCAAUCAAUCAGCCCGAACCCCUAGGAAGAAUUGAAGCGGUUAAAGACGGUGGUCGGCGGCUAAUCGGAGGAGAGAAACUGAAUGGAAAUGCCGUCGGAGGAUUUGUUGGAUAUAAAGUUCAGGCUUUAUGACGGGUCGGAUAUUGGUCCGUUUCCGUACUCGGCGACAUCCACGGUUGAUAUGCUUAAGCAGAGGAUUGUCUCUGAUUGGCCCAAAGGUAAGACGAUUAUUCCAAAGGCGGUGAAUGAAGUGAAGCUGAUAAGUUUGGGUAAAAUUUUGGAGAACAAUAAGACUGUUGGUCAGUGUCAAGUACCCUUUGGAGAAGUUGCAGGUGGAGUUGUCAUAAUACAUGUUGUAAUACAGCCAGCUCUUGCAAAGACUAGAACAGAAAAGAAGAUUGAUGAUUCACCCCGAAAGAUUGUAUGCUCAUGUUCCAUUUUAUAAAGGCAAACACUUAGAGUUGGAAAAUCAUAAACAUCCGGCAUUCCUGUAUGUAGAAUGCAAAGUUGUGUACGAAUUCACAGCAGAGUGAUGAUGAUGUACAUUGGUUUUUUCUAUGACUUGUUCAGUCUCUUUACGGGUUGUUUCCCGAUACUAGCUUGAAUCAUUUGAAAAGUUAAUAGUGUAUGUAAACAAGAAAAGUACCCGAAAUUGUAAGAAAUGUCUCUGUAUAAAUGCUAUGUAUUACUAAU